AUGAGCGAUGAUAUUUAUUACCCAUCCGGCUGCCAACCGAUUCGUCUGGAAUCGAAUAACACAGAACUCACAAAACGUUUAAAAGCACUCGGCGAUUCGCUCGGCGGCAUUUCGGACAUCGAUUCGGAAGAAGCGAAAAAAUUUAGGAAAUUAUUUUUACACCUCGCCAAUCGCGAAUUGCUCGAAAAUUCGAACGCCGACGUUCAAUUGUAUUUGGCGAAAUGUUUGGCGAUGAUAUUGAAAUUCUACGCACCCGAAAUUCCGACGACCGAGGCGCUCAAUAUGGCGGCCGUUUAUCGAUUUUUGUUUCGAGUUAUUAAAAGAUGCGCAGAAUUGAGAAAUGAUAGCCCGAUGUUUCGACGAUACGCGCAAUUAAUCGAGAUAAUGGCUGAUAUAAUGGCUCCGAUGGGGCUAAUGAAGGAAGAGGACGAGCAAGAAGCCGUUGAGAUCUUCACCGAGGCGCUCAAAUCGAUUCUGGCGAUUCCGAGCGGAACAAGUUGGAGGAAUGUGAAAAAAGGCGCCGAGAUGGAUGGGCCGCAUUCGAAUUUGGACGAGCUCAGCGAAUCGAACGGCAAUAUUUGCGAUAAGGUUUUGCAUUUGUUGGAGAUCCUGUCGAGCAAUCUCAUCGAUGAGCUCGGAAUUGCUCCGAAUCCGAUACUCGACGUCAUUUUUCACUAUCUGACCGAACCGCACAGGACGCAGAGUCCCGAAUCGUAUUUGAUUGUGUCGGAAAUGAUCAAAAAUCGAAAAUCGGCAUUGGAUGAGUCGAUUCGAAAUGCGAUUCAACGAUUCUCGCGCAAUUGCGAAUUUCCCGACGAUUUCGAGAUGACCGGCGCUUCGAAUCGCCUCAAAUUCUACGAUGCGAUACGCGUUUUGAAUCAUUUGGCGUCGGAUUUGGUGGCGCCGUCGUUUCCCGAAAUUGCCAUAUGGCUGAAUUCGGAAGACGCGACGGAUCGUGUGGCGACGGUCCAUCUCAUCGGUUGUUUGGCGUGCGAGAAGCUCACCCAGAUCGGGACGACGUCGAACGACGAGGUCUGGAAUGCGUUUCUCGCGAAGUGUCGCGACAUCGACGAGGCGGUUCGAGUGGAAUUUGUCAAAUCGGCGGCGCAGAUCCUCAAAACCACUAAUAUUCAUUUGAGAGGCGAUUUGACGAACCAAUUAAUUCGAGCAGCGACUGAUCGAAGUGAAGUGGUGCGAACCGAGGUGAUCACAAGUGUGAUCGGUGUGGCGAAAGUGCGAAUCGAGGCGAUCGGCGACAAGCUUCUCAAGGCGAUCUGCACUCGAUUGCACGAUACGAUGAAAUCGGUUCGCAUUUGCGCCAUCAAACAGAUAAUGUCGUUGUAUUUCCACGUGAUGACGAAAUCGCCGAUCGUCUGCGCGAAAAUCGACGAGGCGAGCAGCGUCGAUGCGACGUCGGCGCCGCCCUACACCGAGUCGGACAAGGAGUGCGUCGCGUUCAUUCCGAACGCCGUCCUCAACUUCUAUCGGAGUAUGGAGGCGACCGACGAGGAAGCGAGAUACAUAAUCGAGCGAUAUUUCCAAUUGUAUUUUGUGCCGUAUCAAGUGGAGGCCAGAAAACGAAUGGAAUUGAUGAUGAGCCUAUAUCGGAGCCUCAACGACGUCGCAGCUGUAAGCUUCGAGACGAUCGUGUGCAGAAGCGCGACGAUUCGACGCCUUCUCAUUCAGUUGUUCAACGAUUUGUCGACGCCGGACGCCGGACACGAGCGCAUCUGUGCGAGCAUCAAAAAAAUGGCGCACGCGCUUUAUGAUCCGGUCGCGACGGAACGAAUGCUGAAAACGUUCACAAAUUUGAUGUCCGAAGACGAGAGCUUCUUCACGAUGCUGAAAAUCUUGAUCGCCGACAGCUACACGACGGCCGAAAUCGAGAAAGGAUCGUCCGAAAUCAUUCGCUACGCGUUCGGCAAAUAUUCGGCGAUGAAUCGACAAAAAGAAAUGCUCCAUUUUAGGCGUUUUUUGGACCGCUGCUCGCCGCUGUGUUUUGAUAGCGAAUGCGCAAAAACAUUCGUCGAUCUCGUCGAAAAAACGGUCAUCGGAAUCGAGCAGAAGAAGAAGGCGAGUCUGGAGAAUUGCGAGAAGGACAUGAAGCUGUUCAAGAUAUGGGCCGACAAUUUCGCGCAUCUGUUCGCCACCGAGCCGAUUCUCAAAACGCUCGGCAAAUCGUUUCUGUCGAGCGACGACGUUCGACCCGUCGAGACGUCGCUGCGAGCGAUGUGCGUGAUUCUGACGAGGAACAGCCUUCGGAAUGCGUUGAGGGACAAACAACCAUGGAUUGUCGACAUCAUCGAGUCGUUCAAAGAGAUUCUGGAGAAGGCGGACGCGCGAUUCCGGAAGUGCUGCAAGUUGGCGAGCCGCCUGCUGAAUUUGAUCGGCGAUCGCGACGAGACCUCGCGCUACUACGAGACGAUCAAAGAGCGCCUCGUCGCGAGCAUCGAGCUCGACGAGCCGAAGUGCGCGAAUUCGCUUCAAAUUUUGGCCAACGUUUACGCGUUUCAACCCGACGCCCACCACGCCGCGUGCAUGUCGGUGUUCGAUCGCGUCGUCGGCGCCGACAUGAUGUUGUCGGCGCGCGUUUCCGACGACGUCGACGAUCGACGAGCGCCGCAAUUUGAUCCGUGCGUCAGUCUGAAGAAGCAGCCGAUGACUGAGAUGGUUGAGAGAAAGAUAACCGCUAUCAAAUAUUGUACAUUUACCCUAUUAUAUGCUUGUGAUUUGAUAUCGAAAAAUAAAAUCGAAAAGAAUGAGAUGAAGCCGAGAUUGUGCACAUUCAUCGAGUCCGCGGUGCAUCUGAUUCGGACCAAAGGCGACGUCGAUGGGUCCGGAAGGCAGAGCGAACUCGAAUGCGCUCGAUUGCGUCUCGUCGCCGGCUCGUCGCUUCUCAAAUUGUGCAAUUUUCCCGUGUUUCGCCAUUUGCUCGACGCGCCUUCGUUCAAUGAGCUCGCCCAGCUCAUUCGGGAUCCGGCGUUUUGUGUUAGAUUCCGAUUCGCGGUGGCACUUCAGAAAGCGAUGAAGCGACGUGUUCCCAUCGAGUUUUCGGCGAUAUUUGGAUUAGUCAAUUUCGGAAUAACGCCCGACGAUCGAGAAAUUCAAAAAUCGCAAGAGUUUGAUGGAUUCAAAAAAUACUGUAGCGAUAUGGCGCGACAAAUAUUUGCGGCGCGGAGCGACGCGGAAGCGGAUCGACUGAAAAUUUCGGCGGUCGACCGCGCGAUUUUCUGCGCCGAAACGGUGGCGGCCUAUUCGGUUUGGCUUCUCGCCAAUCAGCCGUGGCUGAAAAGCAACGACGACGUGCAAACGCUAGCCGAGAUCAAAGAAUCGGUGUGGCUAAUUUUGGAAGCGUUGAUUCACGCGCGAAUCGACAUGCAAAAAGUGUACAAAUCGUUGGAAAAAGUGAAAUUGUGCGGCGAUUCGUCGAAAAAGCACGAGAUGAAGGAGAAGAAGCGAAUCUACGCGCACAACAAAAAAAUUUGGGCGAUCGCCGACAUCGGAAUGCAUUUGUUGAUUUAUCGCGCCAAAUUGCAAGUGAUUGAUGAGAAAAUCGAGUUGCACUUCAACAAUAUGUUCUUCUAUGGAUGCACGAAAAGCGAUAUGGUUGAUCCGUCGGAGAACUACGCGCCCGACGAGGUUCUCGAUAUGGCAUCGAAGGCGGCGGCGGCGUCGUCGAAAGGCGGCCGAAAGCCGAAUAUGGGCACAAGUCGGCUGAAUUCGUCGAAGAACACGUCGAAAUCGAGAAUUGGCGCCGCCAAAAAUCGACAAACAAAAUCGAAAACGAAAAAAUCGGAGAGUUUCUCGAUAUUGUCAGAUGACGAUGAGAAUGCCGCCGACGACGACGACGGACCAUCGACGACGCAGCGGAGCACGAAGAUCAGAGAUUCGAUGGAUUUGCCCGAAACCGAGGAGGAUGAGCCGAUCGAGAAGUUUGUGAUGAAGCGAGCUCGACGAAAGAAUGACGACGUCGUUGAGCAGAAUACGUCGAAGCGGAAAAAGCCGCCGACGGAGGCGAAAUUGGAAAAAUCGAAAACGUCGCCGGUUCGUCGAAAAUCGACGAGAAAUUUGAAAACGCGCGCAAAAUAUGAAGAAAUUGAUUCUGAUGAAGAUGAGGAGGAGGAUGAAGCUGAAGCUGAAGCUGAAACUCAUCCAACGGCAUCCGAAAAAUCACUAGAUACCAUUAUGAUCUCGCCGAUCGCCGGAAAUAAUCGAAAGCGAAAAUCGGCAACGUUGACGUCGUCAACGCCGCUCAGAAGUGCGCCGAAGAAAACGAGCGUUCGAAACUCGAAAAAGUCCGAAUAUGAUCUCCCAGAAGAUGAAGAUGAACCAAAGAGUCCGCCACCAAAACGACGCGGAAGAAAGCCGAAAAAAUGA